AUGGAGGACCUCACCGACAUGAAAGAGAAGCUGCUGCCUAAGAUUGAGCCCAUGUCUCCUCAGCACCAGCAUCACAAGAUGAGUGGUCAGUUGUCUACCUCGGCAAAGCUUCAUGGAGACAGUGGUACUAACAGCAGCCCCGUGAUGGGCUAUGGUUGGACGGGACAAUUGCGGCUGGCAGCAUGGAUUAUCUCCAUCUCCUCCUUUAUGUGGGGCUUUAGCGCCACUGUGCUGAAUGUAUGCAUUGUACCGGAUGCUAUGGGAUCUUUGCUUGUGGAGAUUAAUCUCACUAUGGAAGAGCAAGAGCUCGCCACAGCACUCGUAGUGGUGGGCUGCUUGUUUGCUGCGCUUACCACAGGCGGUUUAGGCGCUCGUCUGGGACUGAAGAAGACAAUCUUGGGUAACAACUUGCUGUAUAUAAUUGGAAGCAUUGUUUGUGCACUUGCCACAUCCAAACAUGUGCUUUAUGCUGGGCGGCUGCUCCUUGGAAUAGCAUCGGGAGUCGUCACCAACACGGUCCCCGUCUUGCUGACAGAAAUUUCGCCCGCUGCCUUGCGUGGCGAGAUCACAGCUUUACAUCAGCUCAGUCUCACGAUUGGCAUGCUAGUGUCUGCUGUGCUGGGGUACUGUGUUAUCUCUAAUGUACCUUCGGGAUGGAGAUACGUCAAUGGGUUUAUGGUCCUGCCUCCGUUAGUGCAGUGUCUGAGCAUGUCUUUCAUGCCGGAGAGUCUAUGGUGGCUUAUGAAGAACCGUGGUCGUGAUGAGUGCCGAGCAACGCUGGUAUUUUUACGUCCGAGUGCUUCGAAGGGUGCAAUUGAAACGGAAUUGCAGAAAAUCGCGCACGUGAUGGAGCACCGGAAGCAUGAGCCUCACGUAAAUUGGUGGAGUCUAUUGGCGCACAAGAAAGUCAUGGUGAAGGGUACGAUCCUUGUGUUUUUCCAAGCUAUGACAGGUAUAAAUACGGUGAUGCUCUACUCGGCAAAGAUUUUUCAUAUUGCAGGAGUGACCAACCCGUUCUUCGCCACCGCUGUCGUUUGUGUUAUGAAUGUGGGCGUCACGGUCAUAUCGGUGCGCUUCGUCGACUCGUAUGGUCGGCGAUCACUUUUGAUUGUGGGGACCACCAUCAUGAUCAUUGCGAUAGGAGUAGUCAGCUGGUCGCUUCUUUAUCUCAACGACAAUCUUAGGCUACAGGGUAUGGUAGCUGUGAGUUCCGUGCUCAUGUUUGUUGGCGGGUUCGCUGUUGGCCUUGGCGCUGUCGUGUGGGUCAUAUUAGGAGACAUUACGCCUGUGCAUAUCCGCACACGAGCGUUCGCGUUCUACAUGGCCGUCAGCUACAUGUGUAACAUCGUGAUUGCUGUUGGCACGUUAUCUGCCAUCGACUUUUUGGGCCGUGGCUCCAAUCCCGAGAAGAAUGGAAUUGCCAAGCUCUAUUUGAUCCUCAGUGGCGUUGCUAUCGUGUGCCUUGCUUAUAUUUAUUACUUUGUGGGAGAGACCUCGCAUAUCAAAAUGGCACCAACGAAAAUCACGGAUGACCAGGAGCCCCUCUUAUCUGAUGAGGAGAAAGUGGCAUUUGAGGAAGAGAUUCACCAGACAACUGAUCUGUAG